UUUCUUAAGUAUUGAAUUUUCAAAAAAUGUAGUGGCUAGAUAUUUAAAAGUAAGGGCUUUUAGCAGUUAUGUACAUAUUAUAAGAUUUAGUAGACAAACAAAGCCAGUAACUUGUCUGAAAUAGCUAGGAUAUAUUUUUCUCCUGUACCUGAUUUACUCAAAUAUGCAGGUUUUUGUAUUUUAUUUUUUGAUGAGAAUACUGUUUUUUCUUUACUUGAUGGCAUUGACAAUGGUUAUUUUUCUGGAGGAAAAUUCUUGCAAGUAGGCAAAUAUGAAUCAUUGCUAAUAUGUUAAAAGUAUACGGACAAGAAUGGUUCUUAAACAGGCUCAAAUUUGUCUGUCUUUAUUUUUGGGAUCCUCGGGUGAAUAUAUACUCUUAAUUCAAUUACAGGUUUUUAGAAAGAACGACUGUGCAGAUACAAUUAUGUGGCACUCAAUAUGUACUUUUAUUAGAAGAGAUGAAUUUGAAUGAAAGAAUAAACUGGCAUGAUUUGAAUCAUCCUGUGUACUCCUGUGGGGUUGCUCAGAAACAAGGUGUCUAUGUUUGCAGAACAAACUGAAAAUGAAGUUGCAGGGUAAUUUUCUUAAAGUUAUAUUUAAGUUAAACAUGUUCUAACUUUUGAGUUGUGAGGACAUGUAACUGAUCUUUGUUAUUGAAAAAUCAAGGCAAAACUGUCGGGAGUCUGGAAAGAAAUGAAGUGGAGCACUUUUUAUUAGUUAACUGAGGUGGUUAGAUUGUAAUGUAUCUUUAUACUAACAAAACUGCUUUUUAUGUGAAACUGUGCUUUUGUCGGCACAGAUGCAGUUGAAGUGAAAUACUAGAACCUGAACAAUCAUGGGUAGCAGUUUUGUAUCAAAUAGCUCGAGGAAAGAAAUACGGAAUUCUACAUUUGUUUAAGCUAGAAAAUUCAGUUAAUAAUUUUUCCCUUGGGGUCUGAGUGUAGGCUAAGGAUAGUCAAGAAGUGGGUAACAUAUGUCAGCAUUGCUAUGGAGUGCUGGAAAUUGAUGCUGCAAAAUUUUGGAUGGCCUCAAUAAUCAGCUUCACAGUAGGACUACUGGCAUACUUGAAAUUAAAUGCUUCAGAACAGUUCAGUAGCACAGGCAAAGGUCUUGAUUUGGGGAUUUGUUUCUUCUUUAAAUAGAGAUAAUGUACACAAAAUCAACUGGUUGCAUUCUUGUUUGAACAAGUAUGUUGAAGAAAAUAAGAAAUCGCUUAACCACAAGAGCUCAGCAAGUUCCCACAUCUCCCUGAAAGUGUAAAGCUUGGUAAAUGGCUGUGUGUGCUUAUUCAGGGCUCUGCUCAGCUGCACAGGCAGAACUGUCUGGUGCCAUUUAGCUCUUGGCUGCUGCUCCAGCUUGGCAUGGAUACGUGGAUAUCCCAUGGGUCCUGUAUCAUAUCUGCCAGCACCGUUUGGUGUCAGGGAUCCCCAAGGUCAUCUCAAAUACCAGUAUUGAUGUGUAGGCAGCUGAAUCAGCCCUUUAGUCUGUUCUAGUUGAAGGGAAUAUAGCUUAGCUACCAGUUGUUUUCAGUUUGGUUGUGUGUUUGAGCCUUAAGCUCAAAGUCACCGUGAAUUUUCCCACAUGAGCUGAAUUCUUCAUUUAAUGUCUCAAACUAGGUGUAUAAAAUACACUCUGUGUGUGUAGGUUUAUGAGUUUUAUUGAAGCUUAUGCUUAACAAUUGUGCAUAUUCAGUAUGGUCGAGCUGCAGCAGUUGUUCAGGUUUUUCUUUUGUUGCAUGAAAAUAAUUCUUGUUUAUUCAGUAGAUUGCAUGUUGAAUCAUUAACAUACAUAAUACUUAACUCAUAUUAAUUUAAUCUAUUUUAUGUAAUCGGAUUAGGUUUUAUGGCAUGAAGUCUUACAUAAGAGAUGUGUCUAGCCGUAAGUUAGGUAGUUUUAUGCAGUCACAUUUGAUACUUGUUUUAAUGUGGUAUUACUCUGAAAAUUAACUCAGUAAAAUGGUAACUUGUUUGUUGAAUGUUAUUCUGCCUAUAGUCAGAAUUUUAGAGAUAUGUAGUUUUAUGUGAGAAGUAAACAUAUUUUUAGCUAUGUCUGAACCAAUAUAUCUCAAAGAAAAUGAUGUGCACAACUUUCAUCAUUGUUCAGUGAAAGAGGCUUGUACAGCUUCAGAGCUGCUUCUCGUUUUUGUAGUUUUCCUGCAAACAGAGUUACGUGGCUUAAUGGUAGGAAAUAAUUUUAGGAUAGUAGAGUUGUGCAUAUUUGUGAAGAAGCAUCUGGUCUGAAAAUCUGUUUCAGUUGAUAAUGUAUGUCACAGAAAUUAUACAGGUAAUUUACAGGUUUGACAAUAUUUUCUGAAGCAGAAUGAAAUUUUUAGCAGCUCUCAGUAAACCUGAAAAGACACAAAUGUUUUUCUAACAUUGGCUUCAGAAUGGAACUGGAAUAAUUGCAUUUGAAGGCUUAAGCCAGAAAUUGGAUUCUCUGAGCUGUGUGCUUUUUCUUUGCUGAAAGAAAUGUCUUAAAGCAUUAUGUCAGGAAGGUUCUCAAUUUAUUUUUACUGCAAUGAAAAGGCAUUGGAGUAUGGUGCUCAUAUCUCUCUUUCCGAUCAAAAUCUGAUUAAUUUUCCUACUUGUUUAAAACAAUCUUUUGUCCAAGAAUGAAUAUUUUAGGUAAGAACACAGAAGAGCAGAGUCUGCCUAACUGAUCACAGUACAGUUGUAUAUAAAAGCAAAACUGAGAGAGCUUUGCAUUUCUUGUUUUCUCACUCCACAGAAGAAGAUAGUUCUAGCUGAAUAUUAAGUGGGCAUAGUUUCAGAAAGUAUUGUUGCAGCAAUAUGAUAUGAUGAUUUUAACCACAGUUCUCUCUCUGCAGGGUGACACAAGCACAAAUCCAUAUGGAGGAUGAACCUCCUCCUCAAGGAGUCAGUGCCAAGGCCUUGGAGGCAACACUGUUGUCAGCCCUGAAGAUGCUGGAUGUUGGGAAAUGGCCCAUUUUUUCUCUCUGUUCCUCAGAAGAGAUCAAGUUAAUUCGUCAAGCCUGUGUCUUUGGUAGUGCUGGUAAUGAAGUAUUGUAUACAACUGAAAAUGAUGAGGUUUUUGUGCUUGGCAUGAACUGCAGUGGCUGUUUGGGAACAGGAGACAUGCAGAGCACUAUAGAGCCAAGGAGGUUAGAUUCCCUGUGUGGCAAAAAGAUAGCCUGCCUGAGUUAUGGAAGUGGCCCUCACGUUGUUCUUGCUACAGAAGAAGGAGAAGUGUACACGUGGGGUCAUAAUGCUUAUAGUCAGCUGGGCAAUGGUACCACAAAUCAUGGUUUUGUUCCCUGUCAAGUCUCUACUAACUUGGUGAACAAGAAAGUCAUUGAGGUUGCCUGUGGCUCUCACCAUUCUAUGGUGUUAACCUCUGAUGGAGAAGUAUACACAUGGGGUUAUAAUAACUCGGGCCAGGUUGGAUCUGGUUCAACAGCAAAUCAGCCAAUUCCUCGAAGGGUUACCAGCUGCCUACAAAAUAAAAUAGUUGUUAAUAUAGCUUGUGGACAGAUGUGCUCUAUGGCUGUGGUGGAAAAUGGAGAGGUCUAUGUCUGGGGGUACAAUGGGAAUGGCCAGCUGGGGCUGGGCAGCAGUGGCAACCAGCCCACGCCGUGCCGGAUCGCAGCCCUGCAGGGCAUUCGUGUGCAGCGGGUUGCCUGUGGCUAUGCACAUACAUUAGUGCUAACAGAUGAAGGUCAGAUAUAUGCCUGGGGAGCCAAUUCAUAUGGCCAGUUAGGUACUGGGAAUAAAAGUAACCAGUCUUACCCUACAACAGUUAUUGUGGAUAAGGACAGAGUUAUCGAGAUCGCCGCCUGCCACUCUGCGCACACGUCGGCGGCCAAGACGCAGAGUGGCCAGGUGUACAUGUGGGGCCAGUGCCGGGGCCAGUCCGUGACCUUCCCCCACCUCACCCACUUUGCCUGCACGGACGAUGUGUUCGCCUGCUUCGCCACCCCUGCUGUCAUGUGGCGCCUGCUCUCCGUAGAGCCUGAUGACCACCUAACAGUAGCCCAGUCACUAAAGAAGGAAUUUGACAACCCUGAAACUGCAGACCUGAAGUUCCUGGUGGAUGGAAAAUACAUUCAUGUCCAUAAAGUUCUUCUCAAAAUUAGGUGUGAACAUUUCCGCUCCAUACUCAAUAAUGAUGAUGAAAUUAUAGAAAUGAGUGAAUUUUCUUACCCUGUUUACCGAGCCUUCCUGGAAUAUCUGUAUACAGACAACAUUAGGCUCCCUCCUGAAGAUGCAAUAGGGCUGCUAGAUUUGGCAACACUGUAUAGAGAAAACAGACUGAAAAAGCUUUGCCAGCAAACGAUCAAACAAGGCAUUUGUGAAGAGAAUGCCAUUGCUCUUCUUUCUGCAGCUGUCAAGUAUGAAGCUCAGGACUUGGAAGAAUUUUGCUUCAGGUUUUGCAUAAACCAUUUGACUGUUGUUACACAAACUCAAGGCUUUGCAGACAUGGACCAUGACCUCCUGAAAAACUUCAUUAGCAAAGCCAGCAGAGUGGGAGCAUUCCGAAAUUGAGUCUGACUACUACCAAGCUGAAGAGCACGUCCUCUUCCCUUCUGGAAAUAAUUUUCCUUUGGAGAACUUCUCCGUGGUCAGAAUGUGCAAUGGUUUGGAAGGAAAGUCUCAGUGUCCAUCAGCUUGGGGAGUGUUUAGAAGUCCACUAACAUGUAGGUUUUGUUGUAAGGAUGGCUGCAGUGUAGAUGUGUGGUGAUUGUUCAUUGCCAACAGCCAGAACUUAACACAAAAAAUCUGAUGUAGUAACUAACUACCCUUUCCCACUCAAAGUCAAGCAAACUAAGCUUCUCAUUAUCUAGUCUGUCUUUUUUAUUUUAAACAGUCUAUGUUUGGAUUUUAUGGGACAGUGACCUGUUUGCUGCUAAAACUUUCAUAGUGUAUUUUUGUCUCAAAACUCCGUUAAUAUGCCAUAGUGGCUUCUUUUUAUAAUCCAGUGAAGGUAUAAACUUGUUUUUCUGGACAUAUGAAAAAAUAACAUAAGUUCUUUAGGAUGAGAGGCUUUCUGAUUUGUAGGAGGGUAUGUCUCACUAGGUGUUUAUUUAUGAGGAGCUUCAGCAGGAUAUUAGAGUUCUGAGUUACCAACACAUCUUAUUAUUUAGCCAGAAUGAAAAGGAUCUCCCUUUCCAUUACACCGGGCAUGGUCCCUGGCACCCCAAUGGAAGCACUCACCAAGUAUGGAUGUGCAUUGUCAUGCUGUGAGUUUUACUGCUAAGAAAACCACCUAGUUACAAACCCAAACAAGAUGUCAAGAAAAGGAAAUCUGCUUGAGGCUUAUUUAUUCCUGUGUUACUGUCUCUCCUCAGACAGAUCAACUUCAGAAAAAUUGAGAAAAAGGUGAUUUUGAAGUGGUAACUUCAAAUUAAUUAAAAUGUACGAGUGAACUGACAUAACAUUCCAGUUGGUGAUAAAGGUAUCUUGUCCAAAUGUGGCAUUUCAGAUCCUCCUGUGGUCAGAGCAGAGAGGUGACCACAGCACUUCCCUUUCAGGGCUGUUCAGGAGAGAGAAGCUGCCCUCUGGACACGCCUCUCUCCCAGCACUGAUCCUCAGUGGCUAAGGCAGAAUAGAUGCUUCAUUCCUAGAUGGCUGAAGUGAGUUAAGGUGAGAAGCCCACCCAGUGCUGCACAGAGGAAGGUUUGCCCUAUUACACAAGAUGUGGAGCUCAUGGAGCAUUUACUUGAAUUUUCUAACAGGUAAUUGUCAAUUAACCCUGAGAAUUUAAGAUUUUGACUGAGUAAAAUGACUUCAAGUGCCUUUUGUAGUAUUUUACGAUUAGGGAAGACAAAAAGCUAGAUCAGUACACUAAUAUAAUUAUAUAAUAGUAGUCAUGCAGCCUUCCUGCAGGUCCCUGCUGUGCCACAGCAUCCUUAAUGAUCUUUUCUAAUCCUCAGAUGUGGUUUCUAAGCACUUAAUUCCCUUAAAUUAUCACAUUCUCAUGUCUAAGGUGGAAAAAUCUGUUCUUUACUAUAUUGAAGGCUCAUUUCUCAAACAAUCCUGUUCUUUGAGGAAGAAUAGGAGGGAGAAGAGCAGCACAUAUUCAGAAAAGGAGUAGUGAGUAGUACCCUCUUCACCUCAGGCCCUGUGCAUGUGGGUGGAAAGGUGAAGAAGGGAAGUAGCAGAAUUUACUUAGGAAGAGGGUGAUGAGCAAGUAUUUUAGAAAAUGCUGUGGUAAAUAUUUACUUGUGUUUCAAAUAUUUGCCUCAGAUUCUCACUAGAAAGAUAUUGGGUCAUCUACUGCUUACAAGCACAUUCUGCCACCCCCUCAGCAAUGAGUACAACUUCCUCCAGCAGCGUUAAGUCCGUUCUUAGCAGCUGUGUCAGUGUUUUGUAUUCAAACAGAAGUGGUCAAAACCUUUCCAAUACCUAAUGCAGAUUCAUCAAAAACACAUCUUUGCUGGGGGAGGAGAUCAGUUUUGUAAAUUUGUGCUGAGAAGCACUUGACACUAGCACACAGGCAGAGGUUACUGCAGACUGAAACAGUGUCAUGCUAGGGCACAACUUUACUGCCAACCCUGUGUGCUCUAGCCCAGCACUGAUCAUACCAAAGCAUAGACACAAGGGAUUCUAUGUAAGCCAAGGCUGCUUAUCCCUGUUAAGCCUAAGAUGCCAGAUCUGCCUGGCAGCACUUCCUUAAAGGUAGCAGUGCACAGAAUGAGGCUGUACAACCACAUCCCAGCCUUGGGGCAGCAGCUGACACUGUCCCACCUGCCCCAGAGCAUCACACUGGCACACAUCCAGUCUCACUGGGAAAUGGAACCAGCUGGGCACCUCCAUCCUGGUACUGGGUUGUCUGUGAUCACUCCAGCUUUCCUAAGGUGUGUAUUAUGAAAAAUCUCUCCACACUUUUCUGUUGUUUUACUCAGAAGAAUCAAACAAAAAACUAUAAAUGUGAAAUGAUGAGGGGUUUUUGCCUCAACAUCUGAUCAGAAGCUUUCUCUGGCUCUCUGGGGACACUACUGCAUGAAAUGAUAGCACUGGAGAGGGGCACCACUCUCCUCCAUUAGCUCAAUUUCAUAACAGUAGUUCAGCAGAGAUUGCAGCUGAAAUGGCAUGCUGCUUGCAACAAGACAUUUUUGGCUUAAUAGAACCAAGUGUCUUUUUUUUCCAAUUUACUUCCUUCCUGCUCAUUAUUUCCGACCAACCGUACACAUUAAAGCCAACUUGCAAUUUCAGAAUAACUGACAAAGCCUAUAAUUUUGAUAAAAAGCAUCUCUGGACUGAAUGAGGAUGAUUCUAAAGGUUCAAUGUGUCAGCACUGGCUUUUAUUCUGUAUCAUCUGACCUGGAUGUGAUAGUGUUACAUUCAUAGAAACAUUUAUUUUUUAAAUUUGUUAAUCUUCAUUGCAUGUGUUGAAAAAAAACACUCCUACUGGCUUAGGUGGUUAAAUGUGGGUGCAUGGAUGUAAAUAUGCUUGAAACCCAAACAUGGGAAAUUUUAGAAGAAAUUAGGGAUGUGUUUUACUGUUGAGAAAUAGUCUGCAACAACCUUUGUUUGUGGAUCUUGCAGGUUAAAUACUUAAUAAAGUACUGUUCUGUUUUAGAAUACCACAGACAAAAGGUAUUUAUUAAAAAGCAAAAAUCUGGUCAAGCAGAAACUGUGUCUGGGGUUUAAAUAAAGAACAAUGUUCUACUUUCCAGAAAGGAGUAUGGAAAGAAAAAGAAAUUACAGGGGUAGGGUCAUUUGAAGGUUUUCCUAAAUUACUGAAGCUAAAAGCCAGCACUGCAUUGUCAUCUAGUACUCACCUAGCUGUAGAGUUUUGUUACAAUGCUUGGUAACUAUGUAAACUGCUGUUUUUAUAUAACCCCAACACUUUCCAUAGACUUUCCUUGUAAAACAAAGCAUUUAUUUGCCCCAAUAGAGGCAGGAUUCAUUGGCCACCACCCAAUGAUGUAGAAAGUUUACACCCUGAACAUAAAUGGUUUUUUUGUUUCUAUACAAACUUGCCAUUAAUAAAAAUGCCAUAAUAUUUAAAACA